AUGGCGGGAACGCCUGGCCUGCCACGGUGGCGAAAGACUGGCCGCACUGCCAGCCCCAGUCACCUGACUGGGGUCGAGGAAGAUGUGUGGAUCGAGGCGGCCGCCUACGACAACCGAGGCCACCGGCAAGGUCAGCUUGUGAUCUAUCUGGCUGAGCCUGGAGACAGAAUUGGGGCUGAAGAAGGGGCUGGAUUCCUUGGGAACGUGAUUGCGGUGCAGGACGGUUACUACGCUUGGUGGGUGGAGAGCACCUAUGGUGCCUACGUGGUAGACCGCACCAUCCCCUUUCACUUCUGCAUCCACCCGGUGAACGACUGUGAUGUGGAGACUGUGUACCGGAACCCCAUCCAUGUGGACGUCUUCCGGAUCAUCCCAAAGGAGUCCCUCAACAGGAUCAACUGGCUGACCGACAAUGACAAGGCCACCAUAGCAGCACACCCGAGCUUGGCCGAACCUGCGGCGCGUGAGGGGAACAGUUCGCUGGACCCCUUACGCAACGUGGGGGUGGCCGGCGGAGGUGGUGUUGGCGGGGCCCCCGUGCAAACUGGUAUGGAGGGAAUUGGUGGCCUGGCAGCAGCCUUGGGUACAGGCCUGGACGUGGCAGAGCCAAAGCCAGACGCAGAGAACCUGGAUGAACUGGGGAAGCCCGCGAAGAGCAGUGGAAGUGACCUCCUGGAGGAGAUCCGUGGGCGUGAGGCGGCAGGUGCCAAGAGAUCUGCCCUCGAGCUGGCCGGCGUGAAGGAAAAGAAGAAAAAGAAGAGUAGGAAGGACAAGAAGCGCAGGGACGAAAGCAGUGGCUCGUGUUCCUCUUCCUCUUCGGCGUCGUCUUUUCACUUGGCCGCCCUUCCGAAAGGCGUGGAGAAACUCAGGAGGCUGCACCAGCGGCAUCCGGGGCAGCUAGCAGCUCUGACGCUGCGGCGGUGUCAGGAGCUCCUCGCCAUGGCGAACGGAGGGGAAACGGCAGAUAUGAGCGCCAAGAUGCCACCCGUCGCUCGAGGGUACCUUCGACAGAUCUACUUGCAGGCGAACCCGCCGGGACAGAUCGGGGCCAGGAACCACAAGGAACUGGUAACACUGGCGACCGUGAUCGACCUCAUCGCGAAGAACGAUCCCCUGCGCGCCCUGGACAUCUUAGUGCAGCGGCUCAAAGCAAUAGAGCUGAGCGUGUCGCAAGGCAACUGGACCCAGGCAGAGCAAUUGGAACUCGUUCAGGUGUCGGAGUCGUCGGCCAUGUUCAGGCAAGAGCUGAAAGCCGCCCAACAAGAGGUGAGAUCAGAGUGGUCUCUGCAAAGAGGGCCGCGGCGCCAGCCCAGGUGGGGGCAGGACUGGUGGUACAGGGCUCCAGACAACGUACCCGUAGCCGAGAAGGAGGGCGAGGCCGGCGACAAGGCGCCAGAGAACAAGCCAACGAGACCGAAGGGAGGCAAGGGCGGCAAGGGCAAAGGCAAGAAGGGGAAGCCGCGCUGGAACUUCCAGGACACGCCUUCCAUUGCCUGCCAGGUGAAAGGCCUCCUCAAGGACCACAACUUGGCCACUAUCGUCUCGACAGUGCUGUCCGCCCUGGGGAACGAUGACACCCGCGAGCACGUCUCCUUCACGGUUAUGGACACCCUCGUGGAAAACAUGUGGGCUCCCCCCAAUAUUGUGGCGGAGCUGCUUCGAAGCAUGUUCUCUGACCUGCUGGUGGACGAAGGCCCAGAACUGUCCAGCCACUUCCGGGAGUGCCAGCCAUUAACUUGGUUGCGCGCGGGCUAUGCCGACAUGCUGCCCCGACCUUUGGUUCUCUCGAUGCUCAAUGGCCGGCCCCUCUACGUCUUUGAUGACGAAGUGGACGCUGCCAGGCUGAUUAUCGACAAGUACCAGGUGCAGCCUGCGCCCAACUGCUGGACUUCGGCUUCUUUGAAAAGCUGGCUGGUCUUCUGGCUUUCGGGGAGGACAGCGGCUCCGGCUUCUUUGGUGGGUCUGGUGCUGAAGGUGGCGGUCACCUUUGGGCCGGGCUCCUUGGGCAUCUUCUUGAGGACAUUGCCCGUGUGCGCUAGAGAGCACUUCAAGCCUUCGCCCUGCGAGCUCCUCCCGAUGGCGUUGCCGGAGGCCAGCAAAGCUGAGGCAAAAUUGGUCGAGCGAAUGCUGUCAGCCUGGCACAGUGGCUGCAUGGAUUCGGAUCUUUGGGCAGAAGUUACUGCCGAGGCCGAAGCAGUCGGCGAGGAUGUCUGGCUUUACCUUCAGGUCGCGCUCGUGGAUUUCAUGUGGUGUGGCAGCAAGCAGCUGCUUGGCGAGGUUUUGCCGCACCCAGCAUCAUGGACAGCCCUUCAGGAGGCCACAGCUCAGCGUUUCCGCAAGUACGCCAGACUCUUUGUCCAUGAUGACGAGGGUGGUCCUGCUGUAGUUGAACUUGGGUCCUGGGAAUCUGUGAGGCAGUCGCUUGGCGACACCUACACCGGUCGCGAAGUCCAAAGGGCUUACAAGCUGACAUGGCGAGCAAUCCAACCCCAUGUCCCAGGACCAGGAGAAGCUGGACGUAUUAAUUUGGCGGACAAGGUGUCGCCUGAGCUUCGCGCCUUUGUGGAGGACCCGGACUUGUUGAGAAUCCCGGACAUUGAGCUGGGAGACGUUCCUGAGUCCGCGGCGGUUCUUGUGGAAAGCCAAGAGGACUACGAGGAGAUAGUCUCCAACCUGGUUGUUGCCGGCAUGAUGGAGCGGGAGAUCCCUGAGGAGACGGUCGAGGUCCGCGGCAAGAAGAUCACGAACGGCAUGUUUGGGGUGCACAAGGCGUGGGUCCAAGAGCCAGAUGGAACCUGGACUCGAAGCUUGCGGCUGAUCAUCAACCUCAUUCCAACAAACCGGCUGCAGUCCAGACCGCCAAUCCAGCCUUCGACGCAGAUGGGCUACGCUCCCCUUUGGGGGCAGAUGGCACUCAAUGAGGAUGAGAUCAUCCUGGCAUAUGCGGAGGAUAUCCGGCAUUGCUUUCACAUCUUUGCACCCUCACCACGGUGGCGAGGCUACUUUGUGAUCGGCCGCUCUGUCCAAGGCCGCUGCUUUCAAGAUGGCAUCGGUGCCCGCGGACGCCCGCGGGUCCGCACGGCCCCGAUGGGAUGGUGCAACAUCGUCGAUUUCGUGCAGUCUGCCCUGGAGAAUGCCGGCACCCUCGCGGGAGUUCCUGCUGAAAGAGUAGUACGGAUGGGCGACCCGACGCCGCUCAUGCCAGUCACGGGGACCCGUGACUACUACAGCUUCUACGUCGACAACUUCGACAGCUUCAAGGUGAUGGCCGCUACGGAGCAAGGCCUCUACGAAGGGAAGCCUUCAGACACCCAGCUUGCCCUCCGCGAAGUCUUCCAGUGUUGGGGCGUUGGCCGUGAUGAGAAGAAAGCCGCGGAGGGGACGCUGAAGUGGUCCUCACUUGGUGCAGAGCAACUGGGAGACCUGGGCCUCGUUGGCUCCUCGCGGAAGCUGCGCCGGGCUGUGCUGGGCGCCACUGUCCGGGUCCUUGAGUGCUCCCCGGCGGUGCCACGUGGAUCGCAUGAGCUCUUGACCAUCGUGGGCAAAGCAAUGCAUUCAGUUCAGUUCUGCCGCCCUCUUGCCUGUAUGUUUGAUGAGCUCUACGCCUGCUUGUCACACGAGGACAAGAAGAUCAGCAUCACAGCAAAGGCGGAGACAGAGUUGUAUUGCAUCCUCAUGAGCCUCCCGAUGCACUACAUGGAACAGCGGAUGCAGAUCUGCCCCACUGUUUAUGCCACGGAUGCCUCUCUUGAAGGGGGGGGUGCUUGUGCCAGUGUUGGGCUGUCUGCGCGUGGGCGUGCCAAGUGCCACCUGCUGGGCUCUGAUGACGACAUGGGAGGGGGCUGUGAUGCAGUCUUGGUGAUCGAGGCCUUUGGUGGAAUCGGCGGCUUGCGGAAGGCUCUCGAACUGAUUGGGCUUCAACCUCAAGGCCUGAUCCUGAUCGAGUCAGACCCGCUGUGCCAGAAGCUUGCCAGACGGCAUUGCGGAUAUGUCCAGGUUGUGGACGACAUCAAGAAGGUGGAUGCCGCAAUGGUCCGCGAUUGGCGACGGCAGUUUCCUCGUGCCAAGAAAGUGAUCCUUGGAGGUGGAUGGCCUUGUGUGCACCAUUCGCGCCUCAAUGCAAACCGAGAAGGUGCGGAAGCCGAAACUUCUCUCUUGCUGGACGACCUCAUCCGCACGCAAGAUCUUCUUGAAAGGUGCAGCCAGCCGCUGCACUUGCCCCCCUGGCACGUGAUCCGCCUCUUCGAGAAUGUGGUCAUGGAUGGCAAUGACCUCGACAUCCAGUCUGCUAAGAUCGGGUGGCGACCCAUCUUCUGCGACAGUGUGCAGGCCCUGCGAUGCCGAAGGCCGCGGUUGUGGUGGAUCCAAGGAGUGGAUGUCUUGCAAGGUGGUGACCUCAAGAUUGUUGAGAGCAGCAGGGUGGCUAACCAGCACCGAGACGUCCGUGCUCUUAACCUCCGCCACGCUGUGAUCGACACCGAAAGGCCCCCAAUGGAUUGGUUCCUACGACCCGGGUGUUACAAGACCGAAGAGCCGGAGGAGCCCUUCCUGACCUUUGCCCGGCCUGUGCCAAAGAAGCAAGCUCCCUCUGAGCCGGCAGGCAUCGACAACUGUGAUGCCAAAACACUGGGGCGUUGGAAGGGGGACUCCUGGCGCCUGGCGCCCUACCAGUACGCUCCCAAGAACUUGGUCACAAGCCCUCACGGGCAACGUCGGCUCACCUCAGAUGAGCAGCUCCGCCUCCUCGGCUUCAACAGCGACCACCUGGACUUCAAGCAGAAGGUCAGUGAGGACCAGAAACAACAGUUCAUCGGCAACACGUGGCCGGUAGUCGUGGCGGCUCGCCUGCUGCUGGGGCUGGUCAUGACCGAGGAGCAAGCCGGUGUGCGUGACCUCACCAAGGAGCUGUGGAAUGCCUGGAAAGCCCUGGAAGAUCGCGCCCAGCAGGUCAAGAGAGGGUCUUGGAGUGAAAGGUUCGGUCCGAGUUCGGGGGAGGGGGCUGCCGUCCUUCCCUUCCGUCCGGGGGGGGUGGACACUGGCUCUGUUCCUCGGCUCAUGAUCGACCCGGACCUCAAGCUCACUGAUGAGCAGUUCUUGGCCCGGAUGGUGGGCCGCAAUGUUUCACAUCGGGGCACGGAUGUCCGCCUUGACUUUGGCAUCCCCUUCCAGGCCUCGGACUUUGGGAGGCGCGCGGUCGACCCCACACUGUGGACGUGGAAAGUCCUGAUGAGCUACCGUUGGAAACGGACGGGGCAUAUCACACAGUUGGAGGCCGUUGCUGUCCUUGACCUCCUCAAGCGCCUGAGCCGUGCUGCAGGUUCAGGUAACGAAAAGUUCCUGCUGAUGGUCGACAACCAGGCUGUGGUUGGGAUCAUCACGAAAGGGCGGACCUCAGCCCACAUGCUUCAGAGCACCUUGCGGCGUCUCAACUCGCUCCUGCUGGCCUCCAACAACAGGCUCCUCGUUGUCUACGUGCGGUCCGAGUACAACCCCGGAGACGGACCGACCAAGCAGGAGAGAAAAGAUGAACGCAAGGUGCUAGGAACUUUGAGUUUUCUGAAGCAGCAGGGAAAGUCUUACCCUACCACUUUUCUUGCUUUAGACUUUGAGCUGAGCGGUUUCAUCGAGCAUCUUUGGGAAGAUGAGGACCCACGAUCUUGGGCAGGGGACGCUCUGAGUGGUCUUGGCCACUUUAUCCCUCCUGUUAAACCACACUUGGUGGGCAGUUGGCGAUUGCAUGCGGCGUGGGGUAGAGCUGAACUACCUGCGCGAGCUCCUCCUUUCACACCAGUCCUGGUUUACGCCCUGGCCCAGGCUGCGUAUGAACAAGGUUGGCGGGACACUGCCACCUUGCUACUUCUUGGUUUUCACACGUUUGCUCGGUCGGGUGAGCUCUUUUCAGCACGGUGUGGGGACUUUGUGCUGGGUCGCGGCCGUGGAACAUGGUCGCUUCCGUUGACCAAAUCCGGGCAGCGAGCUGGCGCUUCCGAAUCCCUAGUCAUCUCAGACACGUUUGUGGGCACUGCUGUUGCCAACUUCAUUCGGAACAGGAGCAAGGGGGACCUUCUUUCAGACUGUUCUCCCGGGGUGCAACGCCGUCGUCUUGCCCAACUUUUACAACGGCUGGGUCUGCAAGCGCCAUAUCGUUGGUACUCUCUUCGCCGAGGGGGAGCCACUCAUGAGUAUCGUGUUACGAAUAAUUUGCCCGCGGUGUGCUUGAAAGGACGUUGGACUGCAGUUCGCACUGCACGAAUCUAUCUUUGUGAUGGGAUGGCCCAACUCUCGCAGUUGCAGUUGCCAGCGCCGCAACUUCGCAAGUUGCAAGCUCUUGCCCGCAAAGCGCGGCCUGGGUAUGAUGCAAUCAGUUCAGAUUGA